AAUGUCUGUCUCCCGUUCAGGCACACGGUGGGCUCUCACUUUCAUCUUCUCUCAAUCACAAGAGUGCCUCCGUGGGCUAAGUUGCAUGGCUAACCAAAGCAGGUGGGUGCUGAGGGAGAGGUGGACGGCAAAUGAAGGCACCAGGAGAGCAUCUAUCACUGCGAUCUACUGCAGAACAGAACUGCAAGAACAGCUUGUCCUUCAGAAGAGGCGGAGACUGUCCAAGAGGCCAUGGGGCUGCUAAAAGCCUUGGUACUUCAGUGCUCUGUAUAGUUCUGCCAGGGUCUCAGUACACAGCUUUGAGCAAGUGACUGCAGCUGUAGCCAGGCCUCCUUGUUCAGGAUUAACUGUACUUGCCACUGCUGGUGCUGCUGCCUGCAGAUCUAUUUAAGGAACAGAUUGCAUGAGUGUCCCCAAGGUACAGAGGGAAGUAAUCAGCUCGAUUAACUGAACCUGCCCAUUUAAACUGAUUAAAUGGUCCAGGUGAUCUUGCCUGGACUGACUGAGGAAGAGGUCUUAAGAGCCUCUGCCAGUAGCAUCGUGGGGAUGAGAACAGAUGGCUGAGAACGCCAGCCCAGGAUGUCCCAUCAGUCCGGCUGUCCACAGGGAGCUUUCUCCAGGCCCCCUGGAGUUCUCAGACUGAAGCUCUGAGAACAAGCACUGCCUGCUGACCUGAAACACCCCGCUGAAGUGCAGGGUGAGAAAGAGUCUUUCAGGUAUGGGACCUAAGAUUAUUUAGGAAUCAGUGUUACUAAUUUGCAUGUUUUUUCUCUUCUUGUGAAAAAAGUAUCGACUUCCCUAUUUAACAGAUAAGAACAGAGGGAACCUGGUAAAGUACCAAGGACCCUGAUAGUGGUCAUGUUAUAGCUGAGACUCAGGUACGAGAAAUUAAAUUCUGGCCCUGUGAAAGUCAGCAGGACUCUUGCAAGCAACUUCAGCAAAGCAGAGAUCUGAACAAGCAGAGGAAGGUUGUACGGUGCAGCAUCAGAAGUCACCUCUUUUGAGACCUUCCAGAGGAAUGGAAGAAAAAUGAGGAAAGGGAAAGUAGAUGGCACAGCUAGGAAGAGCGAUGGUUGGCAGCACAAGAUGAAAUACUGCAAGGAGUGGGAGAGGAAUGGGGAGAAAUGUGACAGGACAGUGGGAAACCAACUUUGAGUGGUCCCUGAAGUACGGACAGCGAGAAGGGAAGUCCGCCACACACUCUGCCACGAUGGCUGCUCUGUGCUUCGGUGGCCAUCCACAGACCUGCAGAUGCUAUAAAGGCAGGCAGAGCUCAGCCUGGAGCACAGAAAGACUUGAGGGAGGUUAAAGUCACCACAAGGAGGAGAUUGUAUCCUUAAGAUAGCAGAAGUGGUUUGGGAGCAGCUGAAGAAAAACAUAGUUCAAAUAAUCUCUAAAACACGAGUAGGCUGAGGCUAGAUUGAAACAGCAGUUUCUCCACUCUGUCUUGUUCCAGCACUGUAAUGUGGGGAGCUGAACUCUGUGCAGGCUGGCAGCGCAGGGACACUUGACAGUUUUUUGAGACUUGCACUUCUUGGCAAAGCCCAAGGCAGUCACUCUUCGGGCAGGGAGCAGUACAUAUUAAUUUCGCUUAGCCCCAUGUCUGUUGUGCUUGUGCGUCUGAUUAGCUGAACGCCAACGUGCUGCAGCAAUUAAUUAGACGAGCGCUCCGGUUGUCUGAACUCUUCUCGCGUUGAUCUGCUGGGCCUUGCCCAUCUCCACAUCUUUUCCUCCUUGUCCUGCCCCACCCUCGCCGCAGCCAGCCCUGAAAGCCGUGAAGCAAUUGCCAGCAUUUCCAGGCAAUGUGCCCAAAGAGCAACACGGAGCAGCAAUUUCUCAAGCAGCUUGAUCCCAGAGCACUUGGAUGCCAGGCCAAGAGCUCUCGCAAUGUCUGAUAGUACACGGCCAGCUCCCGAAGGUCCUUGUCUGGCUUCCUUGUGGAAAUGACCCAGAUUUCGAGAUGGAAGUUCCCAAGAGCGAUGAGUACUGUCUGUGCAUCAUCAUCUGCACUGUGCCUACUACGACGGCUUCCAUCUGUGUGAGCUUCUGAAGGAUACCUGCAUGCCACUGUCAAACAGCAGAGCCGUAUCCUUAGCACCUUGUUCUCUCGAGAAUCAUCCAGAAAGCCUUCCCCGUGCCGAGGAGCGAUGUAAAGAUGUGGGCUGCAUGCUAAUCCAGCUGGAGAUGCCAAGCUGCCUUUCCACCCAUGGGAAGUUUCCCCACCACCACCUCCUAGAUAAGUGACGAGUGCUUUCCAGCUGGGCUGAGGGGUUGCCCUCGCAGGAGACGUUUCUUCAGCCCGCAGUCGCUGUGAGCUCCAACACACUGGUCCUGUGAUUCUCAGCGCCGUGGGAUGAGACCUCCCGGUCAGCUCAGCCUCAAGAUUUUUCCACCAUGUUUGGAAAGAAGAAGAAAAGGCUGGAGAUUUCCGGGCCCUCUAACUUCGAGCAUCGGGUUCACACGGGCUUUGACCACCGGGAGCAGAAGUUCACAGGACUACCUCAGCAGUGGCACAGCUUGCUGGCGGACACGGCCAACAGGCCCAAGCCUAUGGUGGACCCCUCAUGCAUCACUCCCAUCCAGCUCGCGCCUAUGAAGACUAUCGUUAGAGGAAAUAAGCCCCGAAAGGAUACUUCAAUCAAUGGCCUGCUGGAAGAGUUCGACAACAUCUCCGUGACACGAUCCAACUCCCUGCGGAAGGAAAGCCCUCCCACCCACCACCAGGGCAAUGCCAACCAUGUGCCGAGGCACCAGGAGGAGAACGGUUACAUCACGUAUUCCCAGUACUCCAGCGAGUCAGACACGACAACAGACUAUGGCAUGGAAAAGUACAGAGACAAGACUCUGUACGGGGAAGAGUUUGACAGGUACUACAAAGGGGGCUAUGCCGCCAAGCAGAACGGGCACAUGAUGAAGGUGACUUCCAGGGACAUCUAUUAUUCAGAAGUGACGCCCCUGAAGUCAGACCUCUCCAGGUUCCUCCCAGAUUACCAGGCACAGGUGGAGGCAAAGCCCAAACCGCUCGAAUAUGGAGGCCUAAAGCUGGAGUACCAGAGGAUUCCCAGUGGAUCCUCGCUGGACUACAGAGACCCCUUUCCUUACGCCCUGUCCCGAGCGUCGGUGCAGAGCGAGUGCCCCAAGGAGAGGCUGGAGUACAGCGACAGCGACUGGGGGCACAGCCCAGGCAAGGACGACUACGACAAGAGACCAAAGUCGUCCUACGUGGACCCGGCGAGCCCUCAGCCAGCGAUGAGGCAGAGGUCCAGGUCGGGCUCUGGUCUGCAAGAGCCAGCCAUGCCCUAUGGGGCAAGCGCGUUUAAAGCACACCAGCAAGGACACUCCUACAGCUCCUACACCUACCCCCGCUUGUCCGAAACUGCAGCAGGCAUCCCCAAGGUGGAUUACGACCGAGCGCAGCUGGUAGUCAGCCCGCCGCUCUCCGGGUCGGACACCUACCCAAGGGGCCCAGUAAAGCUACCUCAAAGUCAAAGCAAAGUCAGCUACUCCAGCAGCAGCUACCAGUACCCUCUGGUCUACCACAAAGCGUCCCACUAUCACCAGCCACCCCUCCAGCCCGGCUCUCCCUAUAUUUCCACCGCCUCCUACCCCAGCUCCCCGAGUAUCACAUCAAGUGCUUACCCUCCGCCCAGCUGGGGCUCCUCCUCGGACCAGCAGCCCUCCAGGGUGUCCCACGAACAGUUCCGAGCCGCCCUGCAGCUGGUCGUCAGCCCCGGUGACCCCCGGGAGUACCUGGACAACUUCAUCAAGAUCGGGGAGGGCUCCACGGGGAUUGUCUGCAUCGCCACUGAGAAGCACACGGGCAAGCAAGUGGCCGUGAAGAAGAUGGAUCUCAGGAAGCAGCAGAGAAGGGAGUUGCUCUUCAAUGAGGUUGUAAUCAUGAGAGAUUACCAUCAUGAAAACGUGGUUGACAUGUACAACAGUUACCUUGUUGGCGAUGAGCUGUGGGUUGUGAUGGAGUUUCUGGAGGGCGGCGCUUUGACAGACAUAGUGACUCACACCAGGAUGAACGAGGAGCAGAUUGCGACCGUCUGCCUGUCUGUCCUGAGAGCCCUGUCCUACCUGCACAACCAAGGUGUCAUCCACCGUGACAUCAAAAGCGACUCCAUCCUUCUCACAAGCGAUGGGCGGAUCAAAUUGUCCGACUUUGGCUUCUGCGCCCAGGUGUCAAAGGAGGUGCCGAGGAGGAAGUCUCUGGUCGGGACGCCGUACUGGAUGGCGCCGGAGGUGAUCUCCCGUAUGCCCUACGGCACUGAGGUGGACAUCUGGUCCCUGGGCAUCAUGGUGAUCGAGAUGAUAGACGGCGAGCCGCCCUAUUUCAAUGAGCCACCGCUGCAAGCCAUGCGCCGAAUCCGGGACAACUUACCGCCCCGGGUGAAGGACAUGCACAAGGUCUCCUCAGUCCUCCGGGGCUUCUUGGACUUGAUGCUGGUGCGGGAGCCCUCGCAGAGAGCCACGGCACAGGAACUGUUGAGACACCCGUUCCUCAAACUGGCUGGGCCCCCUUCUUGCAUUGUGCCCCUCAUGCGGCAGCACAGACACCGCUGAACCUGGUGACAUUUUGGGAGGAGGCUGGUGCAGAGGCCAGGUAAGGGCCGUGCAGGAUUCCCAGCGGUUGCGUGGGAGCCACGGGAAAGGGCGAGCAAAACCUUGUGAAGGAAAACCCACCCUGUGGCAAUAACGUGGUGUAUAAAAAAAACAAGGGGGAGCUUCCUGGGGCUGCAAAGGACUCGGGGACGAUCCUAGCCACCACCUGCAUAGCCAUGCUCUGCCACAGACCAUGGCUGCACUCUCAUCUUGGCCAUCCAGGCAGAAGGCACCAAAUGCAAACAAGGUGGAAAAGGUAAUUAAUAGUGGAUAGCACAACCAGAGUGAAACACCAGAAUUUCAGAGCAGAAGGAAAGGCUACGGCACUUCUAUUUCAGAAGAACAUUUUUCUGACAAAAAAAAGCACUUUUUAAUCUCAGUCAUAGCAGCGUAAUGUAUUUUGAAAUGAGUUUGUAAUUUUCUGUACAAUACUUUUGAUAAUUUGCAGUACUUUGUCAUGUAACUGUUGUGCUAGUUGAAGUUAUAAGUGUAACUUAGCAAGAAUUUGAGAAGAUAAAGUUUCCUACUUUUUUAACCCUUUUGAAUAUGGAAAAAAAAAAAGCCCUUUAGGAAGGAAGAAAUUUUGGCAGCUUUUCCAUUGGGGUGAUGACAGCACUCAUCCCACCGUCACAGCAGCCUGAAGAGCAACGGGAGCCGACGCUACCAAUACUGUCAGAGCACUUGCGUUGGGUGCUUGCCCUCUUCUGGUUACGUGGUUGCAUUCAGAGCUUCUGCUGCAUGCUGCAAGUCGUCAGGGCGUCCCUCAUCUCUCCAUCGGUGGGAACUAACGCAUCAGACGUACCUUUGCUCAAGGGUCAUCUAAAAACAUGGCGCUCCCUUCAUUUUAUGCUGCUGCAACGUCAGUUUUGUUAUUGCAAAAAUACCUGUUAGUUAUGUCAUGCUCUGGAAGUUGACAAAGGUGUUCUCCAGAUUUGGAAGAGACCUUUGUAACACGUUAUGAGGUGUUUGCCAUAUAGAAGAAGUUGUGCUGCUGUCUAGACCUUUUUGAAUGUUGAUACAACAGUUGACUACUGCGGUACAUUUUUGUGUUACUUGUUGGAUGAAUUUGCAUGUUAACUGUAGGCCUAAAUAGAUUUGCCUUUAAAAUUUUUAGAAGUGCUUCAUAAUUAUUUCAAUGAUAAAUUAAAUUUAUUUAUUAAUUAGUUCUUUUUAAUUAUGUAUAGUAUGAAAGCCAUGUUUUUCCAAUUUUUUUUACUGACCUCAUUUUAUGAUACCAUUAAGAAACACAAAGCCAGUUUUGUGAAGACACAGCUUAUUUCUUAUUACAGAAUUUCAUAGUGAAUAUAUUAAUUGUUAUUUAUUGUAGCAAAUUAUAACCAAACAUCUAAACCUGGCAAGAGCUGUUUCUUAAAGAUCUUCCUCCCAGACAAAAGAUUUGCCAAUAGUAAAGAAGCUCUUUUCGUACUGUCCUUUAAAAAGUGACAUGUGAAGGGAGAGUAAAUUAAAA